AUGUGUACUUCCAAAAAAAUCUGCCACAACUCCCGGUCUGUCAUCACGUCAACCGUGAUGUUCCCUCAUCGUCCGCCGCACACUCGCCCUCCCAUUAGAUUCGUCGUGGUGUUCCGGUACCUGAACGACGCAAAGUUCGGGUUUCUCACGGAGACAUCGCCGGCGAGGGUUAUGUUGGACCCUGACCACAGCGUGGCCUCACAGCAGCCCCGGACCCAAAAAUCUGGUGUGUGUCCGUUCGAAUUGCCUCCACUGCCAGUUUUUCUCUUCUUUCGGCGGAACUCCCGCACACGCAAGGUGAGAGAUGGAGACGGAGCAGUGGCCUGUGCCUAUCGCUUUUUUACUGUACACGGUGGCCAGUGGCCAUCAUUUUUUGGUCUUGCCAGAUAUUCGAUGACAACAAUUUAUCUCCUGGAGAGUGGCGACGAUGAUUUCUCAAGGAGGGACGAGAGGGAAAAGAAUUUUUCGGAAGCUGUGGCUAAUGGUAUGAGGAAAAAGGGGUAUAGGAGAACACCUGAUCAGUGCAGAAAAUAUAAAGAUCUUGUGAGCAGAUACAAGGUACUGCUGGGAGCGGGGACUUCCUUGUUGAAUCUGGAUUUGGAUGACUUGUCCACCAGAUGCUCCCCGGAAAUUUUGAGGACGUUGUGGUUGAUGAUUUGUACUCUGAGCUGGACCUUUUUUAAACCUUGGGGAAAGGGCAAAGGCAAGUAAAAGAUGUUUAUGGCUGAUAUUUGGAAUUUUGCUGCAAUUUUGUUUAUGUGCCUUUUGUUUCUGGUUCAUUUGAUGAGUUAUGGUGUUUUUCGCUUGCUAAAUGCUUGCAAUUAUAUGCUUUCUUGUUGAUUUGUACUCUAAGAUGGUUCUUUUUGAAACCUUGGAGAACGAGUAAAGACAAGUAGAGAUGUUAUGUCCAAAGUUUGGAUUUUUGCUGCAAUUCUUUUGUGUAGUUUUCUUUUUAAUUUUUGUCUUUGUUUCAUUUCAAGGGUUAUUUUGGUUUCUGAUUUUUAAAAACUCUCAAUUAUAUGGUUUUGGAUGGACCGGGGAUAGAGAUAAAAUUAUUGAAGUUAAUGGUUGUUUAUUGUUUUUUGAUAGGAAAUUAUGUGAGUUAAUCGACUAGAGAAACUAGAAAAACUUCUGAAAGUUUAAUUAUUUGCCAUCACAUGCUCAUAUAUAAGUCAACUUUUGGAAUUUCUAUAUGUAUCACCUUAUGCUCAGGGUACAUAUAUCUUAUUAUAUGAACCCAAUAAUAUGCCCCUGGCAUGUUUUAUAUAUGCUUCUUAAUUCAACCUUAAUAUAUAAAAAUUGUAGUAUAGUUUGAUAUAUUGUUGAGACAUGAGUAUGAACUCAAUAAAUUAAUAUAAAACUUAUUAUUUUAAUAAAAAAAUCA